AUGUCUGCCAACAGAGAUGCACAACCGCGCGACACUACGCCGUUCGCUGUUAAUCCGGCGGCUUCUCCUCCACCUCCAGCGUUCAAUUUUGGAGCUUACAAUGUACCAUCCAAUACCUCCAUUCUUGGUGCCAACAAUCUUGCGUCCGCCCCAAAUGUCUUAGUCCCGGGAACACCCUCAUUCCAUCUGGACCCAGUCCAACAGCAGAACCUUUUCCAGUUCAUGCUACAAGCCCAGGCCCACUUGAACCAACCUUCACCCCAUCAACAUUCUGCGGAGGUAGCGGGUGUGCCACCGAUGCCAGCUCAAGCGCAGCAUCGAUCACCCUCGCCUUUCCACUUCGGCAAUUUCGGUGCGCCUGUUCCAGGCUUCAUUGGCCAAGUCCCACCUCAGCCCUUCGACCCCCGCGCGAUUUUUGCCCAGACGCAUAAUUAUCCAUCGUCCGUCGUGCCGCAUCCGCCUGCGCUUGCGCCCGCUCGUACGCCAUCCCCCGCCGCCGCGCCUGCACCCACCGGUGCUCCCCCAGCCGCGCCUGCUCCCGCCGUUGCGCCUGCACCCACCGGUGCUCCCCCACCCGCGCCUGCUCCCGCCGUUGCGCCUGCUCCCGCCGGUGCUCCCCCACCCGCGCCUGCUCCCGCCGGUGCUCCCGCCGUUGCGCCUGCUCCCGCCGGUGCGCCUGCCACCGGCCCGGUCCCGGCGCCUCCUGCUCCGACGCCCGCUCCUCGCGGGCAGACGUCACAUGCCCAAAAUUCUAUGGCUCCCCCACCUGUGCCGGUGAAUCAAAGCCCACAGAAGAAGACUCGAACCCCUCGAAAGGUGGUGCCUAUACCCAAUCGCUACUCGCUCCGAAACACCCCGAAAAGGAUUGAGGCUUCUGCAUCAGCAGCGGCAUCGGCGCCGGUGCCGGCACCGGCGCUCGCGUCUUCCUCUAACCAUCUCUCAGCAUCCACCGCCGCCGACAAACCUUCCACUGCCUCCCUCUCAGAUACUCCUGGCUCGAACGCUGGCGAUGUCGCAGUUACCAGGGCCUCUGAUGAGAUUGUCAGGCUGCUCCAGGAUUUUUCUGAGGAGGAGCUUAUGACCCUGUGCACCAAUGAAAUCUCACCCAGCCUCAUUGGGACGCCUGCUACCCCUCACAAUGCCACCGCCCCCCACCAAGCAUCUGCGCCAGGAACACCAGCAUCAUCGUUGGAGAAUACUGACACCCCCAAAGGGGUCCACCAUACGCCACUAUCGCCGCUCACGCCUACGCCUGCGACGCACGUCAACGAUCUAUUCAGCUCGGCUUCCAAGCCACACCAGGUCUCCAGGGCUGUGGAUAUGUUUUCUCAUUCGCCUCUCCAGCCCACGACCCUUCCCACUGCCCCUCCACCACCACCCAGUCCGCCUGUCCAGCUGCCGCCCUCUCCUGCCUCAAGCAUCCUCUCUGGUGAGGAAGGGGACCGCUUGGACGGUUUCCGUGUUGGCAAGCCCACCAAAGAGGAUAUGCAGAAAAUCUCCGCGUGCGUCGAUAAGAUGGCGCAGCUCGCAGAAGAGACGGCAGCCGCAAUCGAACGCCAACCAUCCGUCAUUUACAACGCCCUCGCCAGUCGUGCUGCUGUAGCUUCCUCAGGUGUACGACACCCUUGGAAUGUCUUUCAGCCGUUCUUUCACCGUAACACGGACCUCGUGAAGCAGCUGUGCCCAGGAGUUGAAGGUUCUACACCCCGUGACUUUUGGCCCACGUUCCGUGAUAAGGUCCCGAACGCGAAGGACCUUCUGUCCACCGAAUCCGCCCUGAUGGACCUCGCCGACAGUCAAACCCAUCGACAGAAGAAGAAGGCUUUCAACAAGCGUGCAAGCGACAUUGAGAGUCGGGUACUCCUCAUGCAUCAGACACUAGGCGUGGAGGGUGUAUUCGUCCUCGUUGGCUCGAGUGUCAACGAAGAUGCAGGCAUUUCAUACAUCUACUCCACUCCGAACGCAAGUGGGUUUUUCGAGGACCGGUUACGCUGCAAAGAGUCGGCUGUAGUGGGCCAGUUGCGUUCUCACGUCUUUGACACCGUCUCCCGCGCCUACACCAAAAGCCUGCCUGAACUCGACCAGGUCCAGCUGUCGCCGUCGCGCCCGCCUGCCUCCCCAUCCUCGGCUCCGAUAUCCACCACCCCUGCCGCACCACCUACCAUGUCCGAUGACGAAGAGGACGUCAAGCCGGUCAUCGACGGCAAAGGUGCAGCCCACGACCCGGUUUCCCUCGCGCGAAAAGAGCUGGGGUCCGUCCUCUUGCCAUUAUUCUCGAAGGCAGGGGUGGAUGUGAAGGGCAGCUCCAUACCCUGGAUUAAACUUCCGCAGAAAAUGCUCGACGCUGGCGUCUCUCUCCACAACUGGCCACAUAACUGUCCCUUCCCCGGCGAAAAUAGUGCCAAAAUGUUGACGACCAGUCGGAACGGCAUUCGUACCAUCGGCGUCGACAACAUCCGGUAUCUCAAGACGGCGCUCGAGGGGGGUAACCCGCCUCGUUUUGUCAAACAUACACCCGAAGCACUCAAGGCAGGCGAACACCCUCUGUUCGUUGAAGCUCCGCCGCCCCCCACCUCCUCCGCAAAAUACGCACGACGUCGCUUCUACAACGACCGGGUCGACAACCUCGGGCCUCGUCGGCUCCCUCGUGCAGCGAACCCUUCCUCCAAACCGGCGUCGAAGGUUAAAUCACCAAGACCGACAUCUGCUGAACCUUCCAACGCCGACGUCCGUGACGAUGAGGACCCCCCUGAGGUGUCACCGCCCAAACUUCGUAACGGUAAGAGACGCGUAGACGUCAUCAUCAGCGACGACGACACCCCCUUGGCAGCGCCUCCCCGUCGCAAACCUAAGCCGUCCGCACUGGGGAAAGGAAAAGAGGUCGAGUUCAUCCGCGCCACCAAACAUUCGCGCCCGGUUGCGUUUAUCGAUAACGAUGACGACGAAGACUUCGCAUUUGUCGACGAAGAGCCCGACAGCCCCCGCCGUCGCCGCUCACUCGCCGCGAACGCUACCCACACGGCUCGUGGGGGAUCCGCUGUCCCAUUCGGCAGACAUCACGCAGCGCGAGAUGCUAUUCCGAGGGCUUCCUCCCUGAGGCCAAGCACCGCGGGGAAAAAGAGGGCGAAUCCAGACAAUGACGAGACCUCCAUCCCAGACUCCAAACGGUUGAAGAGCAUCCACCCACCCUCCUCGUCGGGAGGCGCUAUACCCCUUACCCCGCUUCCUGCUGCGCCAUUGCCCAGCUUCGUCGUAACCUCCGCCACUCCUGCGAACCCAUCGGCGACGACGGCCAACGCCAACAGUGUAGCGUCGUCCUCGUCGUCCAUUUUCAUGGCUUCCAGAUCCACAGCUGCGCCCCUGACGGCCGUACCCUCGUCGGCUUCACCCAACCUCGCAUCGAAUCAUGCCGUACCCUCUUCGUCCUCUGCCACCGCGGCAUCCACCCCUGCUGUAACAUCAUCAUCCCUGCCGUUUGGCAAUCCCCAACAACUCGCUCAGGACUAUGCACUUUACACCCAGUUUUGCGCCCAGAAUAACCAGGCCCCGGCAGAUUUCGCCACCUUUGUAUUUAUGCGCCUGCAGCCCCCUAAUUUGUAG